AUGGAUCUGAUGGGCCACCUGAAUUACCAGAAAUACCCUUCAGUUGAACAUGAGCUCGGUUUCCCCAGGGGAUCCGGGGAACCUGAGGCCCAACCUAAGUCCAGGGGUCGCAGGAAGCAUAACAACUACGAGGGCUUGAAGCCCAGUCACUCCCCAGCGAAGACCAGCUGGAAAGAGGAGAAAUGCAAGGGCGCCGAAGAUAUUACACUUGACACCUUGAUGGAGAUGGUCGGGUUGGAGGAAGUCAAGGAGGAAUUCCUCAGCAUCAGAGCAAUGGCGGAGAUUGCCUCCAUCCAAGGCACCAAUAUCAGAGGCAACCGGUUCAACUGCGCCAUGCUUGGAAAUCCCGGGACAGGCAAAACCACAGUAGCACGCCUCUAUGCUCACUUCCUCGCAUCCCUGGGCGCCAUCUCUGGCAGGGAAGUGGAGGAGACAACGGGGUCGAAGCUUGCGGAUUCCGGUAUCGAAGGGUGUGAGGAACACAUCGAGAGACUUAGCAAGAAGGGCGGCGGAAUUUUAUUCAUCGAUGAGGCAUAUCAGCUAACGGCGGAUCACAGCUCCCGGGGAGGCCUCCAGGCCCUGGACUACCUGCUUACUGAGGCCGAGAAUCUCGUAGGGAAGGUCGUCUUUGUCGUGGCAGGGUAUAACAAGGAGAUGGAAACGUUCUUCGGCCACAACCCGGGCCUGCGCAGCCGCUUCCCCUACACGAUCCAGUUCAGCGACUUUGGCGACGACGAUCUCAUGCGGAUCUUUGCGCUCAAGGUCGAGAAGAAAUGGCAGGGCAGAAUGGAGGUCGAGAAAGGGCCGGGAGGCCUCUACUGCCGCAUCGUCGCCCGCCGAAUUGGUCGCGGUCGGGGCCGUCGCGGCUUUGGCAACGCCCGCACAGUUGAGAACUGUCUGGCCCAGAUUUCAAGACGUCAAGCCAGCAGAUUGGCGCGCGAAAAGGGGCAGAAGAAUAAUGAUACGGACGUGAUGAUGCUAACCAAGGAAGACCUUCUUGGCCCGGACCCGUCCAUCGCCAUCAAGAAGUGCAAGGCCUGGGGAAAGCUGCAGGAGCUUAUCGGGCUUAAAGCAGUCAAAGACGCCGUGAACACUCUACGCUCCAGCAUCCAGAUCAACUACCAGCGCGAGCUGCGGGAGGAGCCGAUUAUUGAAUUCGGCCUUAACCGCGUCUUCCUUGGCAACCCGGGGACAGGGAAGACAACGGUUGCUAAACUCUACGGCGAGAUAUUGAAGCAUCUGGGGAUCUUGUCAGACGGUGAAGUGGUGCUAAAGAAACCAGUUGACUUCAUUGGGCAAUAUCUCGGAGAGUCCGAGGAGAAAACCCAGGCAAUCUUAGAGGCCACCGUCGGGAAGGUCCUCGUGAUCGACGAGUUCUACAGUUUCUUCAGUGAUGAGGAUCAAUCUAGCUUCAGCACGGCCGUGAUCGAUACGAUUGUGGCAGAGGUCCAAUCGUCAGCGGGCGACGACAGAUGUAUUCUCAUACUCGGCUACAAGGAAAACAUGGAAAAGAUGUUCCAAAGAAUGAACCCGGGCCUGAGCCGGCGGUUCCCCCUGGACUCGGCCUUUGUGUUUGAGGACUUCACGGACGGAGAACUACGCCAAAUCCUUGAUCUCAAACUAAAGAGCCAGGGCCUUCGGGCUAGAAGCGAUGCUGUCAAAGUUGCCAUGGGUAUGCUUCGCCGGGCCCGGAACAAGCCGCAUUUUGGAAACGCAGGCGAGGUAGAUAACAUUCUCAAUAACGCCAAAACAUGCCAAAUUAAAAGAACCUCGGGGCUCGGUUCCCGGGCCGUGAGUCCCUUCCUCGCGCCGCAGGAUUUUGAUCAGGACCAUAGCCGCGCUACGCGAGCGUCAGAGACGAUCCGCGAGAUGUUCAGGGGGAUGGUUGGGUGCGAGGGUAUUAUCAGCAAGCUAGAAUCAUACCAGAAGAUCGCUGAGGGGCUCGAGUCCCUGGGCAUGGACAUUUCCGAACAGAUCCCCUUUAGCUUUCUUUUUCGGGGGCCUCCAGGCACUGGCAAGACCACUGUGGCUAAGAAAAUGGGCAGGAUCUACUAUGAUCUGGGAAUUCUAGCUACGCCCGAUGUUGAGGAAUGCUCAACCUCGCACAUGAUAGCAGAAUAUGUUGGGCAGACAGGGCCAAAGACGCGGCGGCUUCUCGAAAAAUCCUCGGGCAAGGUUCUGCUUAUCGACGAAGCCUACCGUCUUGUGGAAACGGGCAGCGGGCAUGAUUUUGCCAAGCAGGCUCUUGACGAGCUUGUGAACUGCAUGACUGAGGCAAAGUUCUCUCGAAAGUUGGUCAUCAUCCUCGCAGGAUACGAUGCUGAUAUCAACCGCCUCAUGGACCAAAACCCGGGGUUAACAAGUCGCUUUCCCGAGGCGUUCGUCUUUGGGUCACUGCGCACGAAUGAGUGCAUUGAGCUGAUGUGCAAGGAGCUCCAAAAGUUCAAACAUAAGAUGACCAAGAACGUCAUCUUGUUCGACAUGUUGGUACUCGAAAACCCCUCGCCGCAAUUCCACCAGACACUGGCCGAUCUCUUCAACAAGCUGGGGAGCCUCCCGAAUUGGGCUAGCGCGCGCGAUGUCCAGACGGUUGCCAGAAAUAUAUUCAAUAAGGCGCUCCUGGUGAUGAAUCAGAAGCGCUUGUGCAUCACAGAAGACGUUGUCAUCGGCGAACUUAAGGCUAUGAUUGAUGAGCGCAGUGACAGAGCGCAGUCACCGAGCCCGUGCCCGCCAGUGGCUCCUAAAGCUCGUCAGCAACGUUCCAGGACAACACAUCAGGGCACGGCGGGCGAAGGAGGGAAUAUCUCACCAAGGCGCUCAAAGGCACCAGGUCCUUAUCGCAGUAGUUCCGUGUUCGAAUGCCGCCAGUCGGCCCCUUAUUUAGGGAAAAAGAUCGAGGCGACUACCACUGGCACCGUCGACUCGAUUGUCGGCGCUUCAGAAACCCCCAACUGUUGGUUUGGUGCUGGCUGCACCAACAUGGAAUGCCCGUUCGUCCAUUAUACACGGCCUUGUCGCCGUGGCUCCGCCUGCACACAGCCAGAUUGCACCUUCCGGCAUCCCAAUGCAGCUUGUCGGUAUAUGGCGAAAUGUACCAAUCCAGGAUGCCCGUUCAGACAUCUUAGCCUUCCUCGCCACGUUUCAGAACCUACCGCUAUGCUGGACCGGAGUUGGCAGAAGCGGCUGCCCGAAUACCGAUACACAGCCGGUUGCACCAACAUGGAAUGCAUCUUUCAGCACCCUGUACCAAUCUGCCCCAGAGGUUCCGGCUGUAGAACCGAUGGUCGCGUGCUUAGGCAUCCUAGUAAAGCAAUUGACUGCCGUCAUGGCUCAGAAUGCAUCAACCUGAAAUGCUCUUUCAAGCACCCCUAG